UGCGCCUUAUAGUGCGGAAAAUACGAUGUUGAUGUUAAAACAGCCACUUAUACUUUUUAAGGAUUUAAAUAUAUCUUCCAUUUACUAGUACAAUCAAAGUUGUCGAUAUCUUGAAAUACAAUUUCUACUAGUAAGAAGGAGAAACGCAACAUGAGAAUACUUUUACUUCUAGCUGCCAUAGCUGCAGCAUCACAGGCCCAGACAGACUGCUCACGGGGGGCUUGUUACCCGCCCAGCAAUGACCUUCUGCUGGGCAGGGCUCACCUGCUCCAUGCCUCCUCAACAUGCGGCCUCACAGGCUCUGAGGUCUACUGCACCCCAUACCAACAGAGGAGGAUGAAGUGUUGUCCAUGUGACUCCAGGAACCCAAACUCUCAGCUGGCCCACACUGUCCAAGAUGCCCUAUCCACUUCUGGACCAGAGAGAUGGUGGCAGUCCAAGAAAGAGGUGACACCGGUCACUCUCCAGUUGGACCUGGACAACCUGUUCCAGCUGGACAACCUGGUGCUCAGCUUUAAGGGUCCUCGUCCCAGUGCCUUUGUUAUAGAGAGGAAACAAGAUGAUGGCAGGGCGUGGCAGCCCACCCUCUACUUGGCUACAGACUGUGAAAAAGCUUUUCCUGGCAUCCCCACAACAACGCCUCUGACUCUGGACGAAACAUACUGCUACACACUGCCCCCUACUGGAGCGGACCCAUACCAAGAUCACACUAUCCAAUACAGUCCUUUGCGUCAGUAUGCUUAUGUCCCAGCUCUCAAAAGUCAAAAAAUUGAAGAUGUGUCUGCGUUAACGGGGCUGAGGGUGAGGCUGACAGAGCUCGGCGAUGUGCCACGUCUACCAGGCAGAGCUCUCAGUAAGUUUUACGCCCUGAAGGAGAUGAAGGUGAUGGGCAGCUGUAUGUGCCAUGGACAUGCCAACCGAUGCCUGCCAGAAGCCUACAACAGCCCACUGUCCAACAGCAUACAGGUGAAUCCUCAGUGUGACUGCCAGCAUAACACAGCAGGUGUGAACUGUGAGCAUUGUGCUGAUCUCUACAAUGAUCUGCCCUGGAAACCUGCAGAGGACGGCAACACUCAUACCUGCAAACGCUGCGAGUGUAACAACCACGCCCAGCGCUGUCGUUUUGACCAUGCGGUGUACGAGGCCAGCGGGCAGAGGAGUGGAGGUGUGUGUGAGGGUUGUAUGCACCACACCACAGGGCCAAAGUGUGACCAGUGUGCCACAGGCUACCAGCCAAACCCUCGUAGUCAAAUGGACCGCCCUGAUGCCUGCAUACGCUGUAUCUGCAGUGCUGAGGGGACAGUAAAUGGGGGCCGGUGUGACGACAGCACAGGCUCAUGUCAGUGUAAAGUGAAUGUUGAAGGUCCCCGCUGUGACCGCUGUAAGACAGGCUACUACGACCUGAGCACCUCCAACCCUCUGGGCUGCUCCAAGUGUUCCUGUUCUGCAGACGGGUCACUGUCAGAGGUUUGUGACCCGAUGACCGGCCAGUGUCCCUGUCGUACCCACUUCCACGGCCUGACCUGUGAAGUGUGUUCAAAAGGCUACUGGAAACCUUCCCUAUCAGGACGCUGCAAACCCUGCAACUGUGACCCCACCAGGUCAUACAGUGAUACGUGUGACCAGGUGACAGGUCAGUGUCAGUGCAGACCAAGCUUUGGAGGCCAAACAUGUAGCGAGUGCCCAGACAACACAUACGGAGACGCUCUCACAGGCUGCCGAUUGUGUCGGUGCGAUGCUGAAGGAACACUUCCAGAAGUUUGCGACAAGCAGACAGGAGCAUGUUUGUGUCGGCUGGGCGUCACAGGAACUCGCUGUGACUCCUGCAGUCCAGGACACUGUGACUCCUUCCCUGGCUGCGAGACAUGUCCUUCCUGCUUCUUCACCCUGGACGCCCAGAGAAAGAACCUCAGCUUAGCUCUGGAGAGACUCUCCCCCAGCCUCCCUUCUCGUCCUGGAGGUGCUGGUGAUCUUGGAAACUUUGGACCUCGCAUCCGCGUCCUGGAGAACAACCUGAACUUGAUCCGGGACUCCAUCACCCUUCCACCAAGUACUGUCAGACUGAUCGAUGAUGCUCUGUCCCAACUGGACAAGCUCAGGGACCAGGAGGACAAGGUUAACAAUGACCUUUCACCGCAGGAAAGAACCCCUAGUCUGGACUCAGAGCUUGACAAACUGCAAGCUCUGCUGGACAGCCUCACUCUGGUGUACAAAGCCAAGAAAGACGCAAAGGAGAACUCUGUCAAUCAAAAUAAUGCAGGAGCAUUUUCUGCCAUCAAGAACGCCUAUGAUGAGUCUACAGAUGCAUCUAAGAAAGUGGACGGCACUGGAAAGCCAGUGAAGGAAUCAGCUGAUAUCAGAGAAGAGACUAUGGACCUUCAAAACCAAGUACAGCCAGGAAACACCAGAGACCUGAACAAACUGAACCAGAGCAUGGCCUCCCGACCGGACCUCACUCCUGCUGCUAAACAGGUAUGUGGCAGUGUUCGCUCAGAGACCUGCACCCCUCUGCAGUGUGAGGGUGGAGACUUGUGUCCCCCGGAUGGAACCCCCCCUUGUAAAAAGGGUGAAAGGUGUGUGGGCGCCCUGCCUCUGAGCAAGAGGGCUGACGCUGAUGUUAAGGAUGUGAAAGACCGACUGGAACAGCUCACUGGGAAGAUCACAGAAGCUGCAGAGAAGCUCCAGGAAACACAUGAGAAAACCAAUCAGGUGAGACAGUCUGCAGAGAAGCUGUCCAAUAAGAUGAAGCAGGCCAAAGACGAGCUAGAAGACGACUUGAAAGAGACCCGUGACGUUGUGAAAGAUCUCAAAGAUUUCCUGUCAGACCCGUCGUCCAACUUGACCCACAUCGAGGAGGUGAGCGACUGGAUCGAGAAAGCCAAAUUGCCUCUCAACCUGGCUACUCUGAAAACGAAGCUAGAGGAGUUGAAGAAUCUGGCGUCCAAUCUACCAGACAGCACGGCCGUGUUGAAAGAGGCAGAGCCGCAGCUGGACGCAGCCAGGAAACUGCUGCAGGAAGCCGAGGACGCCAGGGAUACGGCAGUGGAUGGACAGAACGACGUGGAUGGGUUGCUGGCAGGCUUCGGCUCGGUGGAGGGCUCCCUCUCUGACUUGGAGGAGAAACUGCAGGACAGCAUGGAUCUCAUAGACAACGUGACCGACAGUCUGAAUAAGGCCAAAGACCAGCUGAGGCCAGCUGAGAAGGCUCUGGAUGAUGUAUCGACACUCAUAAAGCCAAUGAAGCCUCAGCUGGAUGAGCUUAAAGAUCUGCUGCAGAAUGGAGGCCAGCAGGCUCAGGAUGCAAAGGAAAAUUCUGAAAAUGCAGAGGAUGAAGCAGAUGCUGCAAAUAAGGAGGUGGUGUCUUUGGAGGAACAGCUGGAUCGCCUUAAAGACCAGGCCGGUGCACCAGGUGGAGAGUCGACGCCUCUGGAGGAGCGGCUGGUGAAGCUGCAGCAGGAUGCAGGAGCUCUGACCAACACCACUGAAAACAUGAUGAAGUCUCUGGAAGGUAAAGCAAAAUCUCUCAGGUCGCUGCAGGACGAGAUCCUUCAGAAGUCAAUCAACCUUGCUGUACAUGAGGCUACGCUUAAAGACCUUGUGACAGCACUUCGAAAGAAAGCGCGAGACCACAGCUUCUGCCAGGGCUGAACGUCCCUCAGCUGGCCUCGGAGCAGCAUCUCCUGCUGUCACUGCAACACUUCAGACCAGCCUUCCACACCAUUCACUGCUUCUACCAUCAGAAACAAGUGGUCACUCCCUAACUCUGGAACACUGCUCUAACUCUUCUCUAUAACAUUAUACCUCUUCUCGGCCAGUUCAAAGAUGUGGAUAUAUUGAACUUUAAAGACUAAUGUUUAUGAUCAGUGUAAACGUGGGGGGACGGCGGUACUGUAGGUUCCAUUUCACCAUCAGAAAUCCAUAAUGUGUGUACAUACCUUUUGAAAGUACCAAUAUUAUCCCAUUAUAUACAUGUUAAUGUAAUUCUCAUCAUUUAGCACUUUAUCUAUAAAAAGACCACAGGUUCUGACUUCCUGACAGCAAAGCGCCAACACAAACCUUUAUUUGUCAGCAUCAACACACUGUGAACAUUGCACCACAAUUAUUGUAUUUUUCAGGACUGAAAAAGGGUGAAUGUUACAUUAUUUAUUUUCUGUUUUGCAUCUGUUGCUGUUUAAAUAAAAGUAUGUUAAUACUUUGAUGUAUGUGUUAAAGCUUCAUGGGAGAGGCCAACAUGGUACUAGAUACUAGUACUACAUACUUAUUAAGAACAAAAUGUAUGUCACUACAUUUGUUCAUUCAAAAUCCUCCAUGACAUCACUGGUGUUGAUAGAUCUUUACUUCAGCUUGUGGCACUGAGCUCAGUUGUUUAACAAGAGAGCAGUUUAUGUACAUUUCACAGAGAACCCAGCAAACACCUAGUUUCUGUGUGUCAAUGACUUCACCUCAAAAUAAAGUU